AAGGGGUCGAACGCGAGCUUUUGCCCCUUUCCUGGUUCUUUGCCCGCCAAAUUACCCGAUUUCGAUCCAGAUCCUGCUUCGAUUCUUCCUUUGGAUCUGUGAAUCGAGGCUGCCUCGGUGCACACUCGUCUUCCUCUCUGGAUCGGUCAAACAUGUUUUUUAAGCAUAAUGAACAGAAUUUGGUUGAUGAUAAGGCCAGCCAACUUGCUAAUGAGCAACUCCAAGAAUUGGAUUGUGAUGGCCACCUUGCGUCAGCUGAUGGGAUUUCUUCGUCAAGGGCUAUCUCUGAGGAAUCUCCAUCUUCUGAUCGACUGCUGGAUAUCUUGGACAGCAAAAAAGAUGUGGCUCAUCUUGCGUCCAAGACAAGUUUCCCUAGCAUUCAUGGUAAUAGUUGCUUGUUACCAGUGAUGAGCAUCAUCACUGAUAGGGUUUUGUCAGAGCAAAGCAAACGGCCUUUCUCUGAUGACGAAGUAUACCUACUUGCAUGCAAGCGCCUAAAGCAAGUGGACAAGAAUGUUUAUUUGGAUUCAUAUGCAGAAGUCCAGUUUAGAGAAUCUCUGACACCAUCUUCAGGCUUAGUUGUUCCCAAUGACCAUCUGAAGAACAGUGAUGCAUCUCGUCAUGUAGAUCAUUUUAAUAAGGUAACUGGUAGAAACCAGUUUAUAUCCAAUCCUGAUGAUGAAGAGGCAGUUUUGGGAUCACCAGUUGGCUUAGAUUCCCUUUCUAGUUAUUAUGAAAAUUACCACCACACAAUUGGGCUAUGUCAAGCAGACGAGUUCUUGUCACCUGCUUUUGAUUACUUUCCUCGAAAACCUGUUGCUAUUGGAGCAAAUCAUCAAGCUGAUGUUCCAGAGUGGAGUUCACAUAGUUGUAAGAAAAUUGGUGACUGUGGUCAUUGUGCUUCUCCAUUGGUCUAUUCAACUGUUUGUCAUUUAGUAAACGACGAUGACAGUGAAAAAUGGAUUCAUUCUUGUAUCAUUCCAAUGCCAGAGUCCUCUUUGUUGGCAUCAGAAAUUAGAGAUGUGCUCCAUAAAACUGACUGUAGCUGUCUGGAUGAGAGUUCAGUCAGAUGCAUAAGCCAGCAUGUUAAGGAAGCAAGAGAAAAGCUUAAGAAAUUUUUGGGACAGGACAUGUUUGAACGAUUGGGUUUAUGUGACAUGGGAGAGGAUGUAGCUUGUAAAUGGACCAUAGAGGAGGAGCAUUUGUUUCAAGAAGUUGUCCUAUCAAAUCCUGAAUCACUCGGUAAGAACUUCUGGGAUGUGUUGCCUUAUUUCUUUCCUGCUCGGAGUAGCAAAGAGCUAGUCAGUUACUAUUUCAAUGUAUUCAUGCUUCGGAAGAGGGCCGAACAGAACAGGUUAGAUCCAUCAAAUGUUGAUAGUGAUGAUGAUGAAUGGCAAGGAAGUGAUGAUGAUGAGUUUGCAGCUGAAGAGGAAAACGAAGAGGAUUCUAUUGUAGAGUCUGUUGCAGAUGCAGAUGCAGAUGCUGCUACCUGUAACCGAGCUGAUCACGAGGAUAUCAAGAUGAAUGAAGAUCAUGAGGGUGGAGAUGAGCUUGAUGAACAUGCCAUUGUUGGGGAGAAUGAAGGAGCUUCUUGUUUUGUUUCUGAAGGCUACAAUAUUGAUAAGCCAAACUUUGUGCCUCCAAAGGAACCUAUGGACAAGAAUUUGCAGAAUUCUGUGGUGGAGCAAGAUGUUCAAGAUGAAUCAUGUACGUCCUAUGAGGAUCAGCACGGUGCAGAUUCCUGUGGUCUUUCGGAGACUGUGGAUGUGCAGCAUUGUCUGAUUGAUGGACUAUGAGAACUUGCAGGAGUAAUAAAAAAAUGAUGACUCAAGUGAUAUAUGUUGAAUCAAGGGUUCUUCAAUGGCCAUUGCCACAAAGUCAUGGGGCGCCAAUUUUACUUGAGGUGCAGGAAAAGAUGAUAUUUUGUCAUGUAAACCAUUGAUUAGGAUGUUGGCAAGGAGGUUUGGCAGAAUGAUGAAAAUGGUAGUCAGGAUCUUAACCAGUCACGAUAAUUGCAAUAAACAUUGUUCUCCCUUGCCAUGCAUAUCAAACACAUGAUUAGGUAUUUUAA